AUGUCUUCCUCGUCAGAAUCAAAUAUGGCCAUAGCCAAGACCAUAAUAGCCACUAUUGGCUCUGUUGCUGCAACAGCCAUGGUGGUCCGUUCAAUAGCCAGUGAAAUUCUCCCAUCGGAAUUCCAAGAUUAUAUCUCCGUCAGCGUAAGGAAUAUUUUCAACAAAUUCUCAAAUCAACUAACUAUGGUGAUUGACGAAUUUGAUGGACUAGACGUUAAUGAAGUCUAUGAAGCUGCCCAAAUUUACUUAGGCUCCAAAAUCUCCCCAACAAACACUCAUCGCUUAAAAGUCAGCAAGCCGCUCAAGGAGAAAAAAUUCAACGUCAGCAUGGAACGCAAUGAAGAAGUUGUUGACUUCCACAACGGUCAAAAGUACACGUGGGCUUGGGUUUGUCAACAGGUAGGAUCAAGAAGAUCUAUAUAUAAUCCACGUGACAUGAAUUCCACCAUGAGGUCCGAGGUUAGAUCAUUCGAGCUCACGUUUCAUCGUAAAAACAAGGAUAUUGUCCUGGACUCUUACUUGUCCCACGUUAUCAACGAGGCGAAAUUGCUAAAACACGAAAACAGGACACUCAAGAUACACACUGUGGAUCAUGAGAUGAUGCAUGAUCUAAGUGAAAUAUGGAUGCCUGUGAAUCUUGAUCAUCCUGCAAAAUUCGAGACAUUAGCGAUGGACUUAGAGCAAAAAAAUAAGAUUUUGAAGGAUCUAGACAGAUUUGUUGAGAGGAAAGAGUAUUAUAGGAAAGUAGGAAAAGCAUGGAAAAGAGGCUAUUUAUUGUAUGGUCCUCCAGGAACUGGGAAAUCAAGUUUAAUUGCAGCUAUGGCUAAUUACUUGAACUUUGAUAUAUAUGAUUUGGAGUUAACAGAGAUUACAAAGAAUUCGGAUUUGAGGCGGGUGCUGUUGGCUACUGCUAAUAAUUCCAUUUUGGUGGUGGAGGACAUUGAUUGUACCAUAGAUUUGCAUGAUAAAUUAGGCAACAGAGAGGCUGAUGAUGAUUCUCCUUCAAAAGAUAAGGGAGGAAACAAGAUAACAUUGUCUGGAUUACUGAAUUUCAUUGAUGGUUUAUGGUCAAGCUGUGGAGAUCAAAGAAUUAUAAUUUUCACAACAAAUCACAUAGAAAAGCUCGACCCUGCAUUGUUGCGACCAGGUCGCAUGGACAUGCACAUUCAUAUGGCAUAUUGCACUCCUAGUGGCUUCAAGCUUCUUGCUGCUAACUACCUUGGUGGUAUUACACAACAUAAACUGUUUGAAGAAAUUGAGGAAUUGAUCGGAAGGACAGCGGUGACACCGGCUGAGGUGGCGGAGCAGCUAAUCAAGGAAGAUGAAGUUGAGGUUUCACUUAAAGGUUUGAUUGAUUUUCUUAACACAAAGAAGGAAGAACAAGAAGAGACAACGACUGAGGAGGAUGACAAAAUAAAGGAGGAAAAAGGUUGA